AUGGGAUUCUCAGACAGCAAUUGGGCAGGCAAUGCCUCAACGACCGCCGAGCCUAUUGGCCCUGUUUACCAAGGCUUCACAGUCCCCUCGUACUCAGUGCUGAAGCCGUAUUUGAUCGCCAGUCUCAUCGGCUAUGUCACUCUCUGCACGGCCCUCCGCCAUCGUCGGAUCAAGAACUUCCAGAAGAAGAUGGGUUUUACAGAUCGAGCUUCCUUGAGCCGCAUGAGCGUUCAUCAGGCCCAGGCCAUAGUCAGGAACAUGAUGUACUGGGAGUUUCCCCUCUUCUAUGAUGUUUCACUCCGGUUAGCCUUGUUCCGGACUUAUGCGGUUGAAAAUGUGGCGAGAGUACUUGCCAACUACAGUGAUCUCAAGGACUUGAGGACUUCGUCGAAACGGUAUGAGGACACCGCUAUUCUGUACGGAUGCUUUGCCCAUUAUGAUCCUGCAUCGGAUGAAUUCCUAAAGUCUGUUGCUCGCAUGAACUAUCUUCAUUCUCCAUACGUCAAGUCCGGGAAGAUCUUGGAUGAAGACUUCCUUUACGUUCUCUGGGCCAGUAUGGCAGCUCCCGUCAGCUUUGUGUCCAUGUACGAGUGGAGAAGCCUCACCCCUAUGGAGCACGCUGCGCAGGGCACCCUCUGGAAACACAUAGGAGAUCUCAUGGGUAUCGACUACAACAAGGUGAUGGGCAAGGACAAGUGGGCCGACGGUAUCGAGUUCAUGGAUGAGGUCACCGAAUGGGCAUCCGGGUACGAGGACAAGUACAUGAAACCUAUGCCUGAGGUGCGGCAGAUCGGCAGUGUUCUCAUGGAGCUGCUUGCAGGCGCCUAUCCCAAAUUCGCCAAAUCAUCCGUGGACGUUGGUGUGAAAGUACUCAUGGGCGACCGCAUGCGCCACGCUUUCGGUCUAAGCACGCCUGGUCUCCUGCAGACCCAUCUCGUCUACAGCGCGCUGUUCUUUCGACAACUGGUUCUGCGCCACUGUACACUCCCUCGCAUGUUUGUCCUCAAGAACCUGUCGGACCCGGAUGCGCAGACGGGUCGUAUCCAACACUACCUCUACCUGAAGGACCCUUGGUACAACCCAGUCACCAUCUGGACGCGCUGGGGUCCUGAGGCGUGGCUCAACUGGAGUUUAGGCACACCUAUUCCUGGCGAUAAGGCCCUCAUGCCGCAGGGAUUCCUGUGGCAGGAUCUCGGUCCAGAGAAGAGGAUGGGGACCGGUGUCGCUGAGCUCCAGAAUACCGACCAUCUGGCGAAGUACAGAUCAGUGCAUGAUUCUCCAUUCUGA